AUGAGGAAGCUGGAAGAGCAGCAGCAGAGUCGCGGCGGCGGCGGCGGUGGCGGUGACGGAGCCGCUACCUCUUACACCGAUGGCUCUGGGAUCGGCCCCGGCCUGCUCGUCGUAGCCGGCAUCAUCGUGCUCGUCUUCGUCGUCUCCGCGGCCAUCCACGUGCUGCUCCGCUUCCUAUCCCAGCAGUCUUCCUCCGCCGGAGCCUCCUCGCCGGUCGUCAUCUUCCGCCGUGGCUCCGCCGCCUCCGCCGGCGGCGCUGCUCCUGCUGCGUCUCCUCCUCCGCCGUGCGGCGGGGGGAUGGAGGAUGGCGAGAAGGAUCUGAUCGAGUCGCUGCCGCUCUUCACGCUCUCCUCUGCCCUCGCGACGCUCCCCAAGUCCUCUCCAGACUGCGCCGUCUGUCUCUCUCGCUUCCACCCUCACGACCAGCUCCGCCUCCUCCCUUCCUGCCGCCAUGCCUUCCACUCCACCUGCAUCGACACCUGGCUCCGAUCCAGCCUCUCCUGCCCUCUCUGCCGCUCUUCCAUCCUCCAGGAGGUUCCUUCUCCUCUUCCUUUUCCUCCUCCUCCUCCACCUCCCGCGCCGCCGCUAGCGCCGGCCGCAGUACUGGCGGGGGAUGCUACGUCAGGAAGCUUCCGCGUCGAGAUCGGCUGCGUCAGCCGGCGGAGGACGCCGGAGGAUCCCACGGCGGGGCCGCCGCACUCCCGAUCCUACUCGCUGGGAUCGUCGUUCCACUACGUGGUGGAGGAGGAGGUGGACGCCGUCGUCGCCUCCGUCGCGGCGAGCCUGCGGGAGCAGCGUCGGAAGGAGCAUAGCAAGGAUCUGCACGCGACCGGGCCGGCGCCGCCAGGGGAGAACGUGGCGGAGGCAGCGGGAGGGGGGGGGAGUAGGGGCUGGCUCAUGGACUACGUGGAGCGGCUGGCCUCCUCGGCCUCCUCCUCCUUCUCGUCGCUCAGGUUCGCAGGCUGCGGCAGCCGGCGCAUCGACGGCGGCGCCAUCGCCCCCGGUGGCGCCGCCUCGUGGUGGGAUCUGGAAGGCGGGAGACGGCCUCCUCCCGCAGUGCAGCAGAACGAGGAGCACGACGACGACGCAGGCUCCUUCCAUUCCUUCUUCAGGUGGCUCGUAGGGGUAUCAUCGUAA